AUGUACCCAACCAGCUUCUCGCACCACUCUGGGCGUCCAACGCAUGCGGUGCAUUCGCAUCGAUCCAACCAACCGUCGCGCUCGCACCACUCGAACCCUCGCUUGCACUACUCUCAGCCAGCCCAACCAGCCGGCCAACAGCAGUCCUAUGGUACUCGCCACACUGAGCAGCCGUACAAUCAGACCGCCCGCUCCGUCUACUCUGUGGGUUCGCAUCACACCGAACGUAGCCACCACACUCACCGCUCGCAGCGUUCGUACCACACUGAGCGUGGUCUUCAGGAUCAGCGUUCGCACCACACUGUCCGCGGCCCCGCAAACCACUUCAACAAUCCACCCGCUGAGCACCUUGAGUAUGCUCAGCCUCAGUACUACGGCCAUUCUCACUAUCCCGAGCCGCCUUACUACCCCGAGGAGCAGCCUCAGCAAUUCCAACAGCGGCAGCCUGAGCAAUUCCAACAGCAGCAGGCCCAGCAGCCUCAGCAGCAGCAGCAGCAGCGCUUUGGGCACGAUGACUACUACCGAGACGGCGAGUACGUUCGUCGUGGACCAAACGGUGUCAUCGCAGGCGUGAGCAGGAGCAACAAGCAGAGCAGAAAGAAGAAGAAGGGUCUGGCCGACAGGUUCUUCUCCCAUGUCUUGCGGAAUAUGUAA